GAUAAAAUGGCGGAUGGUGUGGACAUUGAUUUGUACGCGGAUGAUAUCGAACAAGAUUUUGCACAGGAUGAGUUUGCUGGAGAUGGCGUGGAUCUCUAUGAUGAUGUGAUAGCAGCACCGCCAACCACAGGAGGUGGAGGAGAUGACAAUUCUCAACCACCUCAUACUCCAGGACCUCCAAUUCAAAACAGUGAUGGGCAUUCACCAAACAAUGCCAACCCGCCAUAUCACCAGAUGGGUAACAACAUUCAACCCAAUCAAGUUGGACGUCGCCAUCAACUGUAUGUUGGAAACUUAACAUGGUGGACUACAGACCAAGAUAUUACAGAUGCAGUCCUUGGAAUAGGAGUAAAUGACUUUGUGGAAGUCAAAUUUUUUGAAAACCGUGCAAAUGGACAAUCAAAAGGAUUCUGUGUGAUCACACUGGGCUCAGAACCAAGCAUGAGGAUGUGUAUGGAAAGACUGCCAAAGAAGGAACUACAUGGCCAGUGUCCGGUAGUUACAUUUCCAACUAAGCAGGCAUUAAAUCAGUUUGAGGCUCAGUCAAAAACGCGACCAGUGCCACCUCCAAACCCGGGUCCUCGAAAUCCUCACCCACAUCCACAUGCACAUCCUCCAAGAAUGAUGAUGGGGCCACCUCAGGGGAUGAGACCAAGGAUGCCACCUCCAGGAAUGCCUCCUCCUGGUCCAGGACCUCGAAUGCCAGGUCCACCUAUGGGACAUGGAGCUCCACCUGGACAUGGACAUCCUCCUGGCCCUCCAAACCAAGGACAUCCACCACCAGGAUUCCAGCAUGGUAAUUGGAAUGGUCCUGGAGCCAACGGUCCUCCUCGACCUGGCCCGCCUCCCCAGGGCCCUCACCCGCAAGGACCUCAGCAGAGGCCACCACCUGGAAUACCAUUUCAAGGCCCACCUCCUGGUCAAGGACCCCCCAGGGGACCACCACCUGGUAGUAUACCUCCAGAUCCUCGAGGCCCUCCACCUCGACCAGACUGGAACAGACCACCUGGACCAGGCAUGCCACACCACCAUCCUGGCCCAGGCUUCCCACCCCACAACCAGCCAUCGCCUAUGCAGGGCCCCCCACCUGGCCAGGGACCCCCACCUAGAGGCCCACCACCUGGACAGAUGGGAGGUCCAGGAGGUCCACCACCAGGACAUGGAGGUCCCCCAGUACAUGGAGGUCCACCUCAAGGGCCACCUGCUCCUCAUGUGAAUCCAGCCUUUUUCCAACAAGGAGGUGGUCCACCACACCAGGGUCCUCCACAUCAAGGUCCCCCACCUCCACAUGGGCCACCACAUGGUUAUGGCCCACCUCCUGCAUCUCAGCCACAGUAUGGAGCACCACCGCCAGAACACCGUCCUGAAGGCCCUCCUCCACUGAGUGAAGCUGAAUUUGAAGAGAUAAUGGGACGGAAUCGUACUGUUUCAAGUUCUGCCAUUGCACGAGCUGUUUCUGAUGCAGCUGCAGGUGAAUAUGCAAGCGCUAUUGAAACAUUGGUGACUGCUAUAUCUCUGAUCAAACAGUCAAAAGUUGCAAAUGAUGAUAGAUGCAAGAUACUGAUCAGCUCGCUUCAAGAUACAUUGCAUGGGGUUGAGACAAAAAGCUAUGGAUCUGCACGUAGAGAACGGUCUCGUUCCCGAGAGCGGGAACGCUCACAUCGGCGGCGUAGGGAACGAUCUCGCAGCAGAGAUCGAGAAUAUCGGGAACGAAGUAGAGAGAGAGAUAGGGAUAGGGAGAGAGAGAGAGAUCGAGACCGUUACUAUGCUGAUAGUUAUCCUAGAGAACGGUCUCGCAGCAGAGAAAGGGAAAGGGAACGGGAUUAUCGUGAACGUAGCCGUGAAGACAGUUCCAGUGUCUAUUCCAGUUCAACACGGCAGGCUGUUCGCCCCCGGGCCAAAUCGCCUGAGCCACCUGAUACUGCUGCUGUCAUGAGCUCCAAGUCCAGGUCCCUGACUGCAACGUACUACUAUGAUAGGGAUCGUGAGCGUGAACGUGAGAGGGAUCGAGAACGGGAGACCACUAGACGGGAUCCUGAACGGGAGCGGGAGAGGGACAGAGAAAGAGAGCGCAGAGAGGAGAGAGAAUCCUCACAUCGCAGCUCACGUCACUAAUUUCUGUUCUGUUGGCAGAUAGUGAAGGUGUUGGAGAAGGUGCAGCAGCAUUUUGGUCCCAGUUUAUAUAAUUUGGGGGUGAAUCUGAAUGUGUAAGUCUUUAUUAUGAUGUGGAAGUAUAAUUCAGAUUUCUUCACAUCUGUGUUUGUGGUUUAUUCUAGUUUAUACCAUCAUAUCUUGUAAAUGAGGUGGUACAUUCUAUAUAGGUGUUUUAAAGUAACAGAUUUUCAGUAGGAAGUGGCUGUGUAAGUUUAUGUAGGAUUAUGUCAUUCCAGGAUGUCAUACAAAUCCAAAUGAUGUGAAAUUUAUUUCGAGAAUUUUCUGUUAGGCUCUAAGGACAUCCUGGCAUUUACUUUUACCAAACCAUAAUUCCCUAAAUCCCUUGAUGUGUUUUUGUAUUUCGUAUAUUUAGUGAGAAAGGCAUUGAGCUGUAUUCUGUUGGAUGCUCUCCUUCUGCCCCCUGUUUUCAUUGAACUUCCCCUAAAGAUGAUCUUCAGCAGAAAUAGUACCAACAUAAUGUUAUAUGAACUCUAAAACCAAGUAGCACAACUCAUAUCUUCAGGGUGACUUUUUCCAAAGUUGGAAGGUUUGCAUUGACCCAAAGGAAUUUCCAUGAGCCUUUUGUUGUAAUUUUGUAUGCAGAAAUGAAUGAAUGUUGUCUGUUUAGUUUUUGUUUGACCUGAUGUUCGCCUAAACUUGUGAAGGCUUAUUAUGCGCAUGACUGAAUGAUAUCGGCUUGAACAAGAUGAUAUUUAAAUGUGUUGGUAGAAAGCAAAGACUGGAGAACAUUUUCCUUCCCAUCUCUUCUCUGUGUGCCAUUCUCAUCUGAUCAAACCAUACAUAACUUACUGUCUUGGGUAGCACAUCGUAAUCAUUUGUAUUCCAGGUGCUCAUUAAAUCGGCUCAGGAUACUUGAAUUAAAACUGCCACAGCCAAAGAGAUGUCCCGGCCAUGCGUAAGGCUGACAACCUUGCUGCCAUCUUUGAGGCAAUUCUCUAGAUAAUGUGGGACCCUCAACAUCUCACAACCCUAUGGGCCUUCAUGGCCUGUUACAGGGAUAGCUUUACUUUACUUUACAGCCAAAGAGAUUGACUCAUUAAUCAGUAUGGGAUUUGUUAGUGGAUGACAAUAUUUGUUACAGACCGAUGUUAGGUGGAAAGGACAGGCUUUCACAUGCUGUAUAUAUGCUAUAGUUUGAAAGUCAUUUGCGGAAGGUAUUGUGGGUUUUUCUCCGCAAAUGCAUUGAACACCCAAGCAACCUUGGCAUUCCUAGUAGGUAGUUCUGUGGUGGGGCUUGGCAGUUAAAAGGUUAAAGAAAUAGAAAUGCACACCAAAUCACAGAUAUAAUGUCAUCUUGAAAGCAAGUAUAAAUAAAAUGUAAUGGGAUUGUUCAUCUUGUUUCUGACUGAAACCUUUUUCUAAUGAAACGUUUUUAAUUCUACGUAGUAUUUAUUGAAACCUUUAUCUAGUAUUAUAUAUGGAUUUAUAUACAGAAUUUUACAGAGUUUACUCUGUAAAUUGUAGUAAGCACUCAGAAUGUCAAAAUCAGCAUGUGAUAAAACUAUGUCCACUGUUAAAACAACCACUGAAGAGACAAAGCUUAGUAGCCAAGUGAUGGAAGAUAUUCAGACACAAGAAUAGAUACUGUCACAUGUUAGUGACCAGACAUUGGGUUUGGAUUGGUAAUGGGAUUUGUUGAAUGCUUGUCACUUGUAACUGCAGACAUUUUUUACACUGUCGCUAACCUAACACUUUAACAAAUCAGUAUAGGACAUGGUAUAUCUCCAUCUGUUCUAGUUGCUCAGUUACAGUUCCCAUACAAAGGGGAUUCGUCUGUUCUCAAGCUUGUCUUUGCCUGCUAACUGCACUCUUAUAACUAACUGUCUGAGCUGUUGACUCUCAACUAACUGCCGAUCCAAGACUUAAUGACCAUCAACUUAGCUGGUGUCCUUGUUAGCCUUGGCACAGACCACAUAGAAAACAUCGUUCCUAGGAGUCUCUUCUAUUGUUGUGCACAUAUGUUGCCAUGGAUAUGUGUUUAUUGAGUUGUUACUAAGCAGUGGCUGUUCUGUGCAUUCAUCAUAUGACAUUGCUUCCUCCUUAAGGCUGCUUGUCUUGAAUGGUUUAUAGGCUUGUCUCAAUUUUUUUUUGCCUGUGGGGACAGAACUUCUGGAAGUGGCUGUUACUCCUAUAGCUCUGGCACAUAAGCUGUUGGUAGUCUCUUUUGUUUGGUAGGGGGCUGGCUCGUACAUAAUGCCCUGUCACUUAUUUUACAGAGCGUGAUGGAAGACGUGACUACUAGCUUUACAAUCUCAAGCCCUAGGGUCUAAGAGCCUCAUUGAGUGUUCUCUUGCCUCACAGAAGUAACUGCUAUUUUAUGACUUGGUCUAUUAUGCUGUUGAAAGAUACAGAAGGACUGCAUGCAAUAAGGUGGUGCUCCGCCCCAUUGGAAAUUGAUAAUUAUGACUACCAAGUUUGGCAGUGAAGGAAUUUCUAGUGUGUGUGUGUUGGAUGCUACCUGAUAGGUACACUUGAGGUUCUGUAUGCUGUCACUCUGCAUCCUGGUAGAGUCUGCAGGAAGUAUGUUUCUGGAAUAGUACAAUUUCAGAAAGAGUAACAGAUAAUAAUACAUUAGCUCUCUUCUUUUUCUCAGGAUUACUGACUUCACCCAUCAUCUGGUAUUCUAAAGAGCACAAAAUUUGGGAAACUGGAAGUGGUUGCAUCCUCAUGUGAAAGGGUGGGGGGGACAUUCUCUGUUGGGCCCAUUAGAAUGAGCUAACCUCAGUCACUGGACAUUCCAUGCCAGUGUACCUUCUGCUAUAUGUGCACCUGAUAUUAGGUUUUAUGAACAGGAAAAUUCACAGUAAAAAUUGUGGACAUGCAUAUAAAGGCCUGGAACUAAGGUAGAGAAGGAAAUGGAAAAUAAAUGCAUCAAACCAAACAAUUCCAGAAACACCAAUGGAGAAGAAAAAUUAAAGAUCUUCAUGUUUUGUAAUACCUACCCACCACUAGUUGUUUUCUGUUGUGUGGGCGUUGGGCCCUGUAAAGUUGCGUUGCUGUCUGAACAAUCUAUAGGCAUGAAUAACAGUAGUGACUAAUGAUCCAGUGAUGGUUAUAUGUUGAAACUUCUGUAUGGUCUGUUUGGGGAGCAGUGAAUUUGAACACUGUCGAGAAGAAGCUUAAAUGGAAAUUUAACACCAAUUAUUGUUAACUUGAGACUUUUAAAUUUUAUGGUUUGGUAGCAGUGAAUUUAAAGGACACAACAAGAGGUUAAUUUGAUUUUAAUUCAGCAACAUAAUGCCAUAUUUCAGGCAUGGAAAUGAAUGGACCAGUUAGUAGAAUGUGUUUAUAAAUAAGCUAUGCUGCCUGAUUCAGAUCAUAAACAGUGUAGUUGAUCUCUGGAGACCAAAGAGUUGUGCUGCUUGGGGUAUAUUUGCAUUAAAAUCCUGUCAUAUGAAACAGCGUUGGUAGAUAGUACCUUGUAGUGUAGAAUGCUUCAGAGGAAUCUGUUUCAAAGGAAAGGAAUUUGUCAUCAUAUCUCAACAAGUAUAUUUCAACAUUGUGAAGAUUAUCAGGGAAGACUGUAAAAGCAAGAGGAUUGGAUCCGUCAAGGAUUAGAAGAGAAGAUUGUAUUGAAGAUUGUCUGCAGAUGAGUUAUUUGUAAGUGUAGUACAUUUUUUUUUUUUUGGCUAAUGUAUUCUCAUUGUAUGUAGCAUGUAACCACAGCAUUUUAUCUUAUAAUAAGGGAAGGGGUGAACAUAGACAAGAAUGUUCAUGUAGGCUUGAGAGGUGGGAGGUACCCAAAAAAAUAUUUCAUGCAGCCUGUAUGUAUAUAUUUGCCACAGCAUUCUUGUAGAACACAGAUAUUUUUAAGAUUCAAAUCAAAGUGUUUUUCUCUACGUUAUACAUGCUAACUCAUACAAUUUACUGAACAAAUUGGUUUUCCAGCUGCAUUUGUUUGUUUACUCAUUUACUGCAGUUAUUAGAGAACUAGAUGAGUUGCUUCAGAACAUUGGUUUUUAACAUUGUGGUAUUGUGCGUGCCAAUUGGUAGUUAGUAUGAAGUUGAAGUAACAGUAAACUGGGAGCCCAGAAAGAAUGGUUGCAGAGUUUACCAUAUUAUGGCUAAACAUAUUUCUACAGGUGAAGGCAAAGUUGUGAGAUUGUUAUUCUGUGCCCAACAUAAUAAGCAGAAAUUGUUGAAAUCAUGCACUUUACAUUUUUGUCUAUCCCAUAAUUACAUGAUUUACUUGCCAUAGACAGCUUUCUGCUUUGGCAUAAGUGGUUCAGUCUUAGAUAGGAAAAGUGUUAAAUUUUCAAAACCUCUGUCACUCCAUUUCAUUUUGCAGUAUGAUUCUCUGAAUGUUGAAAAAAAAUUUGUUUAAUCUUAUUGUUUUGUCCAACCAGGUUUCAUACAGUUUAAA